AUGGGACCAACAAUAUCUUCAAAUUUACACUUAGCAUCAAUGUCGAUCGAUCGAGUUUUCAUGAUACUUCACCCCAUCCGCUAUCGUAUUAUAGUUACUCGACGUCAUGUUAUCAUACGUAUAUUGAUAAUUUUCAUAACAGUAAUACUAUUAAUGUUUCCACUCAAUUUUCAUUUCUAUUACGAUAGUAAAACAACAAUAUUUAUUUGUGAGUUCUAUGCACAUAUCGAUCAAUGGAAAUUACGUGUAUGGCCAUUUAUACAUGCUAUAUUAUUUGUUUUAUGUCCAUCAAUACUAACAUGUAUAUCAGCAGUAAUUUUAUUACGAAAUCGUUAUAAUCAUAGAAAAAAACAAAAAAACAAGUUAAGUGAAAGUGCACGACAAAUGGAAAGAAAUUCCGUAGUAUUAUUAUGUAUUUCAAUAGCUAUUUUAUUUUCUUUAUUACCAACUGUUAUUCUACAAAUUUUCAUCGUACAUGAUCUUCUCUUAAAUCAUGCAAGUCUUUGUNCCAUCAAUACUAACAUGUAUAUCAGCAGUAAUUUUAUUACGAAAUCGUUAUAA